CGUGUCUCACAUGGCAAAUGUCGGAAGGAAGAUUGCACAAUAAUUGAAAUUCUCAGUCUGUCCCCGUUUUAACGUAAACAUACAGUGUCCAUGGUUUCUGAUUGAAAAGGAAUACUUUAUUAAGUGAUUGGUUGUAUUUAAUUUGACCCUCGUAGUCAUUUUUCAGGGAUUUUAUUCCCGCCAUAAGGACCAAAAGGUUGUUUGUGUCAACUUCUAUAGGAAAUGGCUUCUAACGGCGUAGAUGGCGAAACGAGCGCAGACCGGAAUGUUGAGAUCUGGAAAAUAAAGAAACUUAUCAAAAGUUUAGAAGCAGCAAGAGGAAACGGUACAAGCAUGAUUUCCCUUAUCAUUCCACCAAAAGACCAGAUUCCACGAGUGUCAAAAAUGUUGGCAGAUGAAUUUGGGACAGCAUCAAAUAUCAAAAGUCGUGUGAACAGGCUCUCUGUGCUCGGAGCCAUUACAUCAGUACAACAAAGAUUAAAAUUGUACAAUAAAGUACCUCCAAAUGGUUUGGUGAUAUACUGCGGCACAAUUGUAACGGACGAGGGGAAGGAAAAGAAAGUGAACAUUGACUUUGAGCCUUUCCGGCCCAUCAACACCUCUCUCUAUCUAUGUGAUAACAAAUUCCACACAGAGGCAUUAACAGCGUUGUUAGCAGAUGAUAACAAGUUUGGUUUCAUCGUGAUGGACGGUAAUGGUGCGCUGUUCGGAACAUUGUCAGGGAACUCUCGAGAAGUACUCCAUAAAUUCAAUGUAGAUCUGCCAAAAAAGCAUGGCAGAGGAGGUCAGUCUGCCCUGCGUUUUGCUCGGUUACGAAUGGAGAAGAGACACAACUAUGUACGGAAGGUGGCCGAAGUGACGGUACAAAUGUUUAUAUCCAAUGACAAGGUGAAUGUGUCAGGCCUCGUGCUUGCUGGGUCUGCAGACUUCAAGACAGAGCUCAGUCAGUCAGACAUGUUUGAUCUGAGGUUGCAGCAGAAGAUUAUCAAAAUUGUGGAUGUCUCGUACGGCGGGGAGAAUGGAUUCAACCAGGCUAUCGAGCUAGCUGGUGAAUCAUUAGCAAACGUCAAAUUCAUACAGGAAAAAAAAUUAAUAGGUCGUUACUUUGACGAGAUAUCCCAGGAUACAGGUCGGUUCUGUUUUGGAGUAGAUGACACUUUGAGAGCACUGGAGAUGGGGGCUGUGGACAUUCUCAUUGUGUGGGAAAACCUUGAUAUCACCAGAUAUCUGCUCAAAAACCACCAAACUGAUGUGGAGAUCAUCCUUCACCUAACUCCAGAGCAAGAAAAAGAUAAAACACACUUCCUUGAUAAAGAUACUGGCGUCGAGUUGGAGCUUCAGGAGUCGAUGCCCCUGCUGGAGUGGUUCGCCAACAACUACAAGAACUUUGGAUCCACCCUCGAGAUUGUCACAGACAAGUCACAGGAGGGUGCACAGUUUGUCAAGGGAUUCGGAGGAAUUGGCGGUAUACUGAGGUAUCAAGUGGACUUCCAGAUGUUUGAUCCAGCCCUCGACGGUUUUGACGAGUUCAACCUCGAUGACUACUGAACCGAGGCUCGAUUACACUGGGUGAUAAUCCAUGUUCCUACAUGCUGGAAAUGCCGGCCCCCGCUCCGCGGAUUUUAGAUUCAGAACUUGAUUAUUGAUCUUCAUGUAAUUUAUCAAAUUAAGGAUUGUGAAUUUAAUUAUGCACAAACAAUUCUAUGCCCAACUAUGACAUGUUUUAAAUCAAGUGCGGAGUUUUGUCUUUAGGAAAGUCAGGGGAUGUCUUUACUGUUUGUCUUUUAAGUGAUUUAAUAUAAAUAAUUAUGUACACAAUUUCUAUUGCAUAAUAUAAACUAUAGCGAUAGAUAAUAGUUACGUUAAUCAUAGAAACAUUGCCUUCUUGUACAUGAACGUUGAAUAUGGUGCAUAUAGUACAAGGCAAUCUCGUAAAAAAAUGCCUCUUAAACUGCUGAUGCACUUUUUAGGCGUAUAAUUUAUUUCAUCUGAGUUUAAGGCAACGAUCUCAGUGCUUGGAAGGGUAGGGACAAUAGUUUGUUUUUUUUUGUAAUCAACACAAAUGGACUUCAUUGUCAACAACAACUGAAAAAAAUCUGAAUUAUCUUUCUAUCAAUGGUCGAAAUAAAACUUAAGAAUCAAAGUGUUGCCCUUACCACAGAUAUUUUAGGCCUAACUAUUAAGUAAAUAGCAAAUGACAGAACUAACCGUUCUAAAUCUUUGUGUGGUAUGUGGGUUGCACUGUUUGCAGAAUUGCAUAGAAAGUAAAUGGUAAUAGGGUGCAAAAUUCAAGAUGCUUGUGUAAAAAAAACUUGCUAGUAAUUGUGUUUGUUUGGCGUUCUGAUUCAAAAGGAACUGUUCAAGGACAGACGGAUCUACAAUGGGCAGUACAUAAGGAAAGAUAUUGGCUUUCUAGGCAUCAUUUAGUUGAGCUGUUUAUUCGUCAUGUCUUAUAAAAGAAAGACCUGUUGAUGCAUAUGAUUAUUUAAAACUGUUUUCAUUUAAUCUUAUUUAUAUUAGUAUUGCCGGGGAGGUUUUGAAGUGAAAAGAACUAGGCAUCAGUGCUAUUCUCGUGUUUAUACAAAAGUUCUACUUUAUAAGUUUGUACAGAGAGCAGUUUUAGGAACUUUGCCUUGUCAGAAUUGUUAAUUAAUUUUAGGUUAUGAAAAUAAAUCAAGGUCUGAACAUUUA